UGAAAACUGUGCGGUUGAGGUUCAGUUCGAGUGUCCACCCCGAGGUUUCGUGUGUGCGUUCGUUGUUCGUUGUGUAUCUCCAGAAAAGCAAGAAAAGCAAUCCUAGCAACAAUGGCUUUGGAGCGUCAAGUUCGUGCCAAGAUCGCCGGCAAGCGUGACCUGGAGAAGGAUAAGGAGGCACAGUACUGGAUCGAGGAGGUGCUCGGUGAGAAGUUCCCGGGUGGUGUCCUGUACGAGGAUGCACUCCGGGAUGGACUGAUCCUGUGCAAGCUGAUCAACAAGCUGGAACCGGGAGCAGUUGCCAAGAUCAACACGUCCGGUGGUCAGUUCAAGAUGAUGGAGAACAUCAACCUGUUCCAGCAGGCGAUCAAGAAAUACGGUGUGCCCGAUCUGGACGUCUUCCAGACGGUGGAUCUGUACGAGAAAAAGGACAUAGCGCAGGUGACGAGCACAGUGUUUGCGCUUGGCCGUGCGUGUUACAAGCAUCCCGAGUUCAAAGGACCUUUCCUUGGCCCGAAACCAGCCGAUGAGUGCAAGCGCAACUUCACCGAAGAGCAGAUGAACGCCGGCCAAACCAUUAUUGGACUGCAGGCUGGCACCAACAAGGGCGCGAACCAGGCAGGCCAGAACCUUGGCGCCGGUCGUAAAAUUAUUCUCGGCAAGUAAGCCAAACUGCCCUGCGCGGACGGCUCGGGCCGGAAAUGUGUACAAACGGCAUCGGCCAGCACCGCUACACACCCACAUACGCAUCACAUACACACAUACCCAUGAUCUGCAUUAGCACCCUUUCCCUUAUCCAUUGAGAAACAUUACAAGCGAGCGUGUAAGAUACGAUGUAGAGCGACGAAGGACGAACCGCGAGGACGAAAGGCGGGAACUGGUAUUACUGACUAUCGCGUACGGCUUUAUACACCUUGGUUUUAUGUAAAUCUCGCUCCCACGCCCUGCUCCAGCGAGGAGACCGGGGAGCGAGGGGCGUGUAUUGUAAGUGAAGAGCAAGGAAAUUCGUUGAUAAUUUAUCUGUAAUAAAAUUAAUUCUAUUUCGUAAAAAACAAACCCA